AUAUAUAGAUAUGCCUAUUUAACAAAUUUUUAGUUUAUCUUUUCAAUAUUGACAUUUAGUUAAUUUCAGCAAUUCGUUCAUCUCAGGCUGAGAUUCUCAGUGAGUAAAAAAUCACGCGCGGUAGCCAAAGCAGACGCAGGGAGAGAGAGGAGGAGGAGGAGGAGGAGGAAGAAGAUGAGAGAGACGGUGAAGUUGAUAAGCAUGGAGGGUUUCGAGUUCGUGAUCGACAGGGAAGCCGCCAUGGUUUCUCAGACAAUCCGAAGCAUGCUCACUUCUCCAGGUGGAUUUUCGGAGUCGAAAGAAGGCGUGGUGACUUUCCCUGAUAUCAGCACAACAAUUCUAGAGAAGAUCUGUCAGUACUUCUAUUGGUCUAUUCAAUACUCCAGAGGCAAAGAGACCGAGUUCCACAUCGAGCCUGAGUUGACCUUGGAGCUGAUGAUGGCUGCUAAUUAUCUUCACACUUGAAGAGUUCAAAUUGAUAUUUCAUUAAACUCUUAUUCUGAGUAGUGUAGUUUUUCUUUGUAGCCAUAAGAUGUGAAUCCCCGGAGCACUUCGUGUGGGGGUUAUUGAAUAGCUCCGAGGGAAAGUUGUCUACUUUGUUUACUAGUUAUUUUGACUAUUGACCGCAGCAUCAAUCUUCUUGUGAGUUAUUAGUUGCCUUUCUGAAUGCUUAGCAAGCUUUGUAAUGAGCAACAAACAUUCUGUGCUAAUGAUGACUGGCUUUGGUGUCUAAUCA